AUGCUAUCGAUACUACGGAAUACGAGGUUGCAUGGCCAUUCGCUGAGAUGCUUGAAGUUGACCGUUCCGUUAGUAACUUCUAAAAGAUGUAUAUCAGAUCGAAAUUCGUCGUUAGAUCAAAAUAAGAUAGUUGAUUUGUUAUUAAAAUCGUCCAAGAUGGAACCUACAAAGCAAAAUCAUACAAAUAUUGAGGAUUUCAACAAGAAUUUUGUAAUACAUGAUACCGUUGAACUUCCAGAUAUAUCCAACCCCAAAAUACCAUUUCCUUCCAUUCAAUUUAAAGAUUAUGACAUUGCUGAUAUGGAAAAUCUAGGUCGAUUAUACAUGAAAUAUGUCACAGUGAAAUAUGUUUUCGACACCAGACCACAUAUUAGAUUUAAUGAAGCGUUUAAUUACACUGAUACAUUAUUAGAGUGUGCAUCUAUGGCAUUUGACUCUCGAAAGUCGUCCUUUUUGGAAUAUAUUGGACAAUUUUGCAUUGCAGAUAUCUCUAAAUGUAAUCAAUACAUAGAAGGUUUCUUUAUGGAGGACGCAAAAUCAAGUCAACUAAUUGAAUCAUUUUCGACCUACUUUCUCAAAAUAACUCCUAGAUUUAAGCGUGAUAUGGUUGAUUAUAACUUGAUAUGGGACUCAGCGGUUCCAAAUUCUACAAUUGAACUCCCGAGUCUAGAAUACGCCAAGCAUGUUUUUAAUCCCUUUUUGUUAGUGGAUUCUUCUAAUUUAAAAAAGUUCAUGUCCUCCUCUAUGUUUGAUGGGACGCAGGAGAAUACACUUGUCGGUGAUAAACUACUUGAUUUGCAAAAUUACGGUAAGCUAAUGUUCGAAUUCUACACCGUGAAACACCUCUUUCAGAAGCUUGAUAUCUCUAAUCCCUUGUUUAUUGACAUAGUCAAGAACUUGGAUUCUAUUUUUGAAGAUGUUAUAAGCUUUUCGGCGCUUACAAAUGUCAUAAAAUGUCCCCAGUAUUCACCGAUAAUAAAGGAUAUUCGUACUAAAUCUAAUUUCAAUGAAAUUUUCUAUCAAUAUUUGGGUAUUCUAGAUUUGAACAACAAGAUUGUAGAAAAUCUGGUUGAGAAAUGGGUGGGUAGAUUGGUUGACUAUUUAAUAGCCAACUCAAGUGAAAAUGAAAUAAACUUUGCUAUCAAGUUCGAUAGUCCAUCGCUACUGUCGCCUAAGUACAAGAAACAGAAGAAUUUACCGGUUGUCCCCUGCUUGAAAAUGAGCGAGUCUAUGAGCGAUAAAGCUUUCCCGCAUGGGUACGCGGAUUCAACCAUGUUAGAUGAAUUAAAGGAACUUGGUAAAUCUUGCAUUUCUUUAGCAUUUAAGCAUUACUUGGUCGUAAAUAGCUUGCAUGAGACUGAAUAUGAGAAGUAUAAAUAUGAGAAAGAAUUUAUUGAAGUAGUCGGUAGACAUGUGAAUGACUCUAUCAAAGUCAAAAGUAUAACACCAGAUGAGUUCUCAAAUUCAGAUAUACCUUUUACAAGUGACCAAUUUUUAGGUUUAUAUUUGAUUGAAGAUUUUGAAGGUUGUAUGUCAUUUCUUGAUCAAUUCUUCGCAGGAGAUUACAACCCUUCUAACUUUGAGGCAUCAGCAAGUUAUAUAAAACAUCUUGCAUUUCAAAUUAACACACCUAUCAUCAGAAUGGCGGGUUCCAUCACGCUGAAGGAUUCAAGUCCUCUAAGUCUCCCUCCAUUAAGCGAUAAUUCGAGAACAACAAGGUUCCUUUUAUUGAAUAACGCAGUUAUAAAUCCUAGUUUUGGUACUUACAAGAAUAGAAACUGGAAGAGAAAUAAUUCGAUGAAAAAUUCCUUGCAUUUAUGGCAUAGUUGGGGCAGUUUACUAUAUAAGGUCUCAAUCCGCCAUGCGUUAAUAUCCAAGCUGUCCCAAGUAUCAUCCCCGUAUAUUCAAGAAUUGUUUAAAUUGCUUACCUCGAAUAAUUUUUGCAAGUAUAUUCUAGACGAUUCGAAUAAUUUCAAUAUAAUAGAAAACACUGAUUACGAAAGGUUACUAAUGGAGAGAAGAUACACAAAUAGUCUUAUUAAUGCCCAAUUUUCUCAAUACUUAGCAACUGUGCAAAUGUCUAACUCAAAAACAAUUAAGGAGUGGACGCUGAGCUUCGUUGAGUUGUUUAUCAGUCUCAUAGAAAAUCUUAAUAGUGAAGAAGUUAUACACUUGAUCAAUACGUUCACAGAAAAAUUUAAGAUGCACAAAUUUUCAUUGUGCCAGAGUUUUGCUACUAAUAUAAUCAAAAACAUAGAAGAAGAAAGAAUCGUUAUUGACUUGCCAAGUAUCAAUGAGUUAAAUAAUGAGGAUUUCGCCCCAUCAGAAGAGAUGGGAAAAGCCUUCUUAAGUUACUCUAUAGCAUCCUUUAAUAUCCACUAUGGUUUGGAUAGUUUUAUUAAUUCCAAAAUAGAUACAAUGGACAUGAUAGAAGUAGUGGUCAAAACGAAGCCAAUUAAAGAACUUCUCCGCAGCAAAUCAAUUUAUCAAUAUAUUGGUCUUUUGGUUGAUCAGAAGGGAAAUACCGAAGCACAAAGGGUUACAUAUAACUUUCUUGGACAAAUUUUGAAUUCUAAAGCAAAGCCCUUGAACUUUUCUAAAAUACCCAAUCUUAACUUGAAUAUAAACGAUAAAGUGAUUGGUGGCUCAGAUUUUUUUGUUUGGGGAAAUGCAAUUCAAUUCCCAAAGAUACAUAAUGAUGCCUUGCAUAAGCUUUUAUUAGUAAAUUUUUAUGUAUCUAGAACUUUUUUUCAAAUAACUAGAAACCAUGUUGGUAAUAUCCACGAGUUACCUGAUUUGUGUACGAAGUUCAAUACAAUAGGUGGUGAGUUUUAUAAGUAUCUGGUUCUAAAACAUGCGUACACAUAUCUGUCAUCAGGAACACUUCGUUUACCUGAAGCUAUAUUAGAGAAGUCCAUAAAAUUACUCAUGGACAGAGUUUUUAUGUCGAUUGUAUGUUAUAAGUCUGGUAUAUUGUAUGAUCCAUUUAAUCAUACAGAUUAUUCAAAACUUGCUAAAAAGGCAAUGAAAAACAAUUACUUUUUUCUUCGUUUCAGCAGUCAAUCCUUUAGACAGUAUAUGGGUUCAUUAUGUUACCAUGAUAUUGAUAUAGCCGAUAGGUGGGUUAACUCAAUUGUAAAUACAUUAUUAGACGAAUUGUCUAAUGCAUCCAACAUUCAAAAGCAACAUCAAAUAUUAAACGAUUUGGAAUCAAAAAUGCAAAAAUACUAUGUACAAAAACGCAUUUAA